UAUGGGUAAUUAAACACAUUUGUUAACACAGCAAACCAUAUUGAUGGUCUUGUUCAUCUGUUUAAGAAGCGAAGUUGAAUUUUAACGCUAAAAAAACAUGAAACCUGCUACAAGUAAUCGUAAAGAUGGUAGAAAAUGUCGGGUGGAAGGAAAUACGAGGGAUGUAGUGGAUUAUAUUAAACACUCAUGGGAAGACGUCAUCAUGGACAUGAAAAAGGAAACUACAGAAGGAGCAGUUAAAAUGACUUAUUAUAAUUCAAGAAUGUCAAACAUUGGAGAAGAAACAAAAGAAAAAGAAAUGUCAACACAACUGGUCAAACAAGGAAAGAAACAAUUAGCCAAAGAUCGUGCCCAACCCUCAAAUGAAAAACAAAUUUGGAACAAUUCUGGUAAACAAGUAAAAAUUUGGAAAAAUUCUGGUUCUGGAAUACAAAGCCGCAAAGAAACAAAAGUUACUUUACAAACAGGAACAGUACCAGGUACCAAGUUGUGUCGCUUCUUUUUUCCAUCACAUAAAAAACGAGAUCUAAUAGAACAGGAAGAGAGACAACCUCAUGAAAUUCAACCAGUCAACUUUACAUCAAAAAAGAAAUAUUUUCCUGCA